AUGCAGUUCCUGAGUCGAGUGCAAGAAAAACUUUGCAGGAAUAGUGAAAAACGAAGAAAGAUAUUUCUAAGAAAUACAUCAUUGGAGUUGCUAAAAUACGUAGUCGGCGAUAGACAUUUUCCUUGGUGGAUAAAGCUAUACUUUAUAUCCAUUUUUGCUUCGCUUAUUUACGUGGCUGUAAAUCUAGCGGUUCGUGUUUUUGUAAAAUGGGAGGACACGCCAGUAAUUAUUGGAAUUAGCUCAACAAUGACUCCGAUUAGUAAGAUUCCAUUCCCAGCCAUAACAGUUUGUAAUAUGAAUCAGGCAAAGAAAUCAAAAGUAGAAGACUUAAUGCCUGGUUCGCUGGGAUAUUCCAUGCUGCAGAAAACUUGUUAUAAGGAGAAUGCUUAUGGAAAUUCUACAGAAUCUAAUCAUCGCUAUAAAAACGAAACGUUCCCAAACUUUAUACUAGAUGUUUCUGAGAGAUGCGAAGAUUUGAUAGUCUCCUGCACGUUUCAUAAGAAAAAGUUGCCCUGCACUGAUAUCUUCAGAGAAAUCUUUGUAGAUGAGGGUUUGUGCUGUGUUUUCAAUUUGUUGCAUCCAUAUUAUUUGUACAAGUUCAGAUCAACAUACAUACGGGACUACACCUCAACGAAUAGGUUCGCAGACAUUGCAGUGGAUUGGAAUCCGAUAUCUGGCUACCCACAGAAGCUGCCGUCCAGCUAUUAUCCACGGCCAGGUGUUGGCAUUGGCAUUGCCAUGGGUCUACAAAUAAUACUCAAUGGUCAUGUAGAUGAUUAUUUUUGUUCCUCCACAAAUGGACAGGGAUUCAAGGUGCUUUUGUAUAACCCAAUCGAUCAACCACGCAUGAAGGAAUCUGGACUACCUGUAAUGAUCGGGCAUCAGACAACGUUUCGUAUAAUUGCGCGCAGCUUUGAGGCCUUGCCCAAUAUUCGUAACAUCCAUCGAACGAAACGGCAAUGCAUUUUUAGUGAUGAAGAAGAACUUUACUUUUACCGUUAUUACACGCGGCGCAACUGCGAAUCCGAAUGCGAUGCAUUGUUCUUCCUGCGACGGUGUGAUUGUAUUCCCUACUAUCUUCCCUUGGUGUUUUCCAAUGCUACGGUUUGUGAGGCGGCUCAGUUUGAUUGCUGGAACAAUGCGGAACUACAGAUCUUUGACGAGAAAAGCUCCAAGUGCAAAGACUUGUGCCUGACCAGUUGCCAUGAUCUGACCUUCUUUCCUGAUGCUUUCACAACUCCUUUUAGCCAACAGGACCUGAAAGCCCAGAGUGACUAUUUAAAGAAUUUAUCAAACGAUUAUAUCCGAAAAAAUUUGGCAGUGGUAAACUUUUACUUCUCAGAAAAUUAUUUCAGAAGCAAUGUGAGGACUUCAUACACCGGAACAACUGAAUACAUGUCUUUAACUGGGGGCAUCAUGAGCCUUAUGAUUGGAUUUAGCGUUAUCUUUAUCGCCGAAUUUCUAUAUGUUGUUGUACUAUUUGUCCUAUCAUUGUUUUUUAAGUUUUAAUAUGAAUGUUUCAUUCCACUGUUCUACUUGAAGC